CAAUAGACACGAGCGAGCAUACGACGGCUGAUUGUAGCGACAAGCCAUCAAUUGUAUGCCAAUGUUUGAAACCGUGAUGGCGACGCAAGGAUAAGAAAAUAAUAACUCCAAUAUAGAAAGAAACAAACUGAGGCCACGGAAACACACGGCGAAAAAUGUUCGGAUGGUGAGGCUUUUCAUAUGAAACCGUUUGGAGCUGUGAUAUUACUGCAGGACGAGUUAGAGAAGCUGAAGUAGAGUAGAGCUGAAACUAGGGAAUGAGUGUUACAAAUAUUUCAACACAGUAAAUUUUUUAUUUCCCCGUUUCUUCUCAAUUGGUAUAUGACACAUGUCAGAUGUCAAAACUCUGUGCUAUGACAUUUCGUGUGUUGCGGCCUUGAACUUUACUGAGAUUCGAUUAAAUAUUUAAUUAGACACAUCAAAAAAUAAUCAACAAACAUUCUUGCUUGUUUGAAACCGGGUAGCUAGCGAAUGGCAACUACUGCAGACUUUUUGAAAUCUGAGGGCAGAAUGUUCGGGUUCUCUCCCAUCUCUCGCGGGUUGGAAGGUCAAGGUCUCGGCGGUCACCUGUCGCACCCUGAUGACAUGAUGUCACAAUCCCAGAGGAUCAUGGACGUCAAUCAACGGAUGAACGGCUACUCUAUAGACGGGAUACUUGGGCACGGACGGCUGGGCCCCAACUCUCUCAAAGAGCUGGAAAACGUGUACGGCAAUCCCAUGAGUCCCAGUAUCCACGGCAGCACCAUGAGCCCCAGCGGCUACAUCCACACCAACCACCACAACCAGAUGAACCACCACCGACACCCCACCGCCGCCAUCAGCCCCGUCAGCCUAAACGGCAACAUGAACAAGCUGCGCCACAACGCCGACGGCAACAACCUCUACCAGCCAUCUACGCCGACGGCAAGCCCCAACACGCCCAACGGCAACAUGGUCGGCAACAUGGGCGGCAACAUGUCCGGAUUAAACAACGGUUCCAGUAACGGACUUAAGUCGGAGAAACACAACCUGAACUCGCCCCCCACCAGUGAUAUCUCAGGGCACCACCACCUACAGCCCCUGCUCAACGUCUCGAUGAAGAAAGAAAACGAGAACAAAAACGAUAAAGGGCUGAACCAGAACAGCGCUAAGCUAAUGGAUAAGGAGAAGAUGGACAACGACGACGAUGUGGACGGUGAUGACGAGACGGGCGAGGACGGAGAGCCGAAGAGGAAGAAGAGGAGGAACAGGACGACGUUCACGAGCUUCCAGCUGGAGGAGAUGGAGAGGGUGUUCCAGAAGACACACUACCCAGACGUCUAUGCCAGGGAGCAACUGGCGCUCAGGUGUAGUCUCACGGAGGCCAGGGUACAGGUCUGGUUCCAGAACCGCCGAGCUAAGUGGCGGAAACGUGAGCGGUUCGGCCAGCUGCAUACCAUGCGGGCCAUGGCGUCAGCUGCCAACCAGGGCUACGACAUGUCACUGGCGCCCCGACAUGACGCCUACUCUCAGAUGCAGAAUCCAGACUCCUCCAUGAUGUGGAUGGAGAUGUACAAUCACUAUGGCAACAACAUGUGGAACCCUAUGUCCGCCAUCAAGGGCUAUCACCUCUCUAUGGACGCCGCCCAAUCCCUGGGCACCAAGUGGCCCCCCGCGGUGCCGCCCAUGUACCCGUCAUGGAACGACUCCCAGCUGCUCUAUACGCCGCCCCAACAUCAACACCCCUCACCGGAAACUCUACACGGAGCAUGCGCACCGCCACAGCGGCAUGACGUCAGUUCCGUCUACUCGCAGUCUACAAACUUCCAGCAAUGCUCGGCAGCCGGCUCUGGCGGGGAGUGUGGGAGCAGCAGUAGGAGCAGGGGUAGCAGUGGGAGCAGUGGGAGCAGGGGUAGCAGUGCAGCAGUGGGGGCAGGGCAGCAGUGGGAGCAGGGCAGCAGUGGGAGCAGUGGGGGCAGGGCAGCAGUAGGAGCAGGGCAGCAGUGUGGGCAGGGCAGCAGUGGGAGCAGAGCAGCAGUGGGAGCAGGGCAGCAGUGGGAGCAGUGGGGGCAGGGCAGCAGUGGGGGCAGGGCAGCAGUGGGAGCAGGGCAGCAGUGGGAGCAGUGGGGGCAGGGCAGCAGUGGGAGCAGGGCAGCAGUGGGAGCAGGGCAGCAGUGGGAGCAUUGGGGGCAGGGCAGCAGUGGGGGCGGGGCAGCAGUGGGAGCAGGGCAGCAGUGGGAGCGGGCAGCAGUGGGAGCAGUGUGGGCAGGGCAGCAGUGGGGAGCAGUGGGGACAGGGCAGCAACGGGAGCAGGGCAGCAGUGGGAGCAGGGCAGCAGUGGGAGCAGUGUGGGCAGGGCAGCAGUGGGGAGCAGUGGGGACAGGGCAGCAACGGGAGCAGGGCAGCACUGGGAGCAGGGCAGCAGUGGGGGCAGGGGUAUCAGUGGGGGCGGGGCAUAAGUGGGAGCAGUGGGGCAGGGCAGCAGUGGGAGCAGGGCAGCAGUGUGGGCAGGGCAGCAGUGGGGAGCAGUGGGGACAGGGCAGCAACGGGAGCAGGGUAGCACUGGGAGCAGGGCAGCAGAGGCAGCAGUUGGAGCAGGGCAGCAGUGGGAGCAAGGCAGCAGUGAGAGCAGGGCAGCAUGAUGAACUGAGAUGUUGA